GACGGGACGGCGAUGGCGAAAGCGGAGGUAGACUUUUCUGUUUUGUCGGCGGAGUUUGAUGAUUGGCGCAAAAGUGUGGCAACACCUCUCACGAGCACUGAGUUGCGACAACGCGAGAAAGAAACUGAGGAGCUCCUCAGCGGAACUUGGGAAAGGUUUCGCGAUUAUUGGUUUUGCGGGAUCAUUCCCUUCGACGCCGUCACGACAAUCCCCUGCAUGCGUUUCACUGAUGCUGACUUGGACCACCCUUAUUAUGCUCACCGUUGCGAGCCGAGCGAUACUCUGCAGAUCGUUUCAGUCCAACUCAGAUCAUUCAAUGCCAGUUUACCCAGUCAGCUGGAUGUCUAUGGUUUCAUCGCUAUACAUGAUGUGUUGGACCGCAAGCGUAUUAUGGUUUUCAACCGUGAAAGGAAGGACUGCCAGACUAUCAAUAAACAGGAUUCAUACCUAAGACUGACAGGUCCUACCCGUGGAGUUCUUGUAAGUAUUGAUCCUUCAUAUUUAGAGGUUGUGCUCAAAGCUAAGGGCGUUACUGAAUCAGAAGAUAAAGAUUUAAGCAAAUUCGCCAGGACAGUCAGAGUGGGCUGCCGCUAUCCUAUUGAGUACACUAGCAAGCUUUGCACACUGGAGAUGCAACACUACACAGUUUAUUCGUCUGUGGAGGCCACUGUUAGCGUUAAACUUUUUCAAGGGCAGUGGCCACUUUGCUUUCGGGGUGUUCUUAAUGCUUCUACAGCUGGUAAAAACGACAUCAAAAUCGCACUGUUGCAUCUUAACGAUGAUGAAUUGCCUGUUGAUGAUGAUGGCUUUAUCAAGCUAUCAAGGCGUGUUGUUUGUGUUGAACAUGGUGGGAAGCUGGGAGUUUCUCUAUUUGAGAAUGGUGCUGGCGAGGAAGGUGAUGUAUGGUUUGCAGCUGAAAAAUCUCGAAGAACCACCCAUUACAUGCAUGUGAAGAAAUACAGCCUUUGUUUGCAAAUUAUCAUUGCCUGGUCUGUUUGCUCCCGGAAGUAAUUUUGGAGUGUGUGGUUUGCUUUAGUUGCUGGAACUAGGGAUAUCUGUGUAUGUACUGCUCUAUGAUUGUCAAUCUGUGUGCUGCAGAUUUCUGUAUGAUGUUUGUGUACGGAGGUACUAACUGUUGAUCA